AUGGAUACCUCGCUGACCGCUUCGCAGAUUCGGAGCAUUUUCCUGAACUUCUUCAAGGAGAAGGAACAUCUGUACGUGCACUCGUCGUCGGUAAUCCCGCUCGAUGAUCCGACGCUACUGUUCGCUAAUGCGGGUAUGAACCAGUUCAAGCCCAUCUUUCUCGGCACGGUCGAUCCGAACAGCGACAUGGCACGGUGGGUUCGGACGGCCAACACGCAGAAGUGUAUACGUGCCGGCGGCAAGCACAACGAUCUGGACGACGUCGGCAAGGAUGUGUAUCACCACACGUUCUUCGAGAUGUUGGGCAACUGGUCGUUCGGGGACUACUUUAAGAAGGAGAUCUGUACCUGGGCAUGGGAGUUGCUAACGGAGCGGUUGAAGCUACCAAAAGAGCGGCUGUACGUGACGUACUUUGGUGGACAUCCGGAGUCGGGUUUGGAACCGGAUUUGGAGUGUCGCGAGAUUUGGUUGAAGUUGGGCGUGAAGGAGGAACACAUCCUGCCGGGAAGUAUGAAGGAUAACUUCUGGGAGAUGGGUGAGACUGGGCCGUGUGGACCGUGUUCCGAGCUGCACUUUGAUCGCAUCGGAGGUCGGAGUGUUCCCGAGCUAGUAAACAUGGACGAUCCGGAUGUGUUGGAGAUCUGGAAUUUGGUGUUCAUUCAGUACAACCGCGAGCAGGAUGGUUCGUUGAAGUUGUUGCCCAAGAAACACAUCGAUUGUGGUAUGGGUUUCGAGCGGUUGGUGUCGGUAAUUCAGGACAAGCGGUCUAACUACGAUACGGAUGUGUUUGUGCCGCUGUUUGAUGCGAUCCAGAAGGGAACGGGUGCUCCGGCUUAUCAGGGACGCGUGGGAACGGAUGAUACCGACGGCGUUGAUAUGGCGUACCGUGUGCUGGCCGAUCACGCUCGUACGAUCACGAUCGCCCUUGCCGAUGGUGGGUUCCCGGACAAUACGGGUCGUGGGUACGUGUUGCGGCGCAUUUUACGCCGUGCGGUACGCUAUGCGACGGAAAAACUUAACGCAAAGCCUGGAUUUUUUGCGACGCUCGUCGAUACGGUUGUGUUGCUGCUUGGUGAUACUUUCCCGGAGGUGCGAAAAGAUCCGUUGCAUAUUAAGCACGUGAUUAACGAGGAGGAGCAACAGUUCCUGAAGACGCUGACCCGUGGACGCAAUCUGCUGAACCGAACGAUCGCAAAGCUGGGUGAUAGUAAAGUAAUACCGGGCGAUGUCGCAUGGCGGUUGUACGAUACGUACGGUUUCCCGAUCGAUCUAACCCAACUGAUGGCGGAGGAGAAGGCGAUGACGAUCGACAUGGAGGGGUAUGAAAAGGCAAAGCACGAAUCGUACAUCGUGUCGCAGGGCAAGGAAAAGAACAAAACGGCCACCAUCGAUCUGGAUGUGUACGCGAUUUCGGAGCUGCAGGAGCGUAAGGUACCGACGACGAAUGAUUCAUUCAAGUACCGGUACAAGGCGGAGUCGGUCGAUCCGUUGGCGCAGUAUGUGUUCGAAUCGUGCUCAGGGAAGAUUGUGGCAUUGCGUCACAAUAAUGCCUUUGUGCAGGAGGUGCAAGCCGGGCAGGAGUGUGGCGUGAUACUGGAUCGUACGAACUUUUACGCCGAAAGUGGUGGCCAGAUCUACGACCAGGGCUAUCUGGUGAAAGUGAACGAUGAGAGCAGCGAAUUCAAUGUGUCGCUCGUGUACAACCGGGGAGGCUACAUACUGCACAUCGGAGUCGUCGAAGGUACGUUGCGAGUUGGUGACGAGGUCCACUGCCACAUGGACAGCGUGAGGCGUCAGUUGACGAUGAAGAAUCAUUCGGCUACGCACGCACUGAACCAUUCGUUGCUGAAGGUGCUCGGACAGGAUACGGAUCAGCGAGGUUCUUUGGUAGUCCCCGAGAAGCUUCGGUUCGAUUUCACCAACAAAUCGGCGAUGACAAUCGAACAGGUUGCCGAAGCCGAACGAUUGACGCGCGAAGUCGUGAAGCGAAAUGUGCAGGUAUAUGCGAAGGAAGCAAAUCUGGCUGUAGCCAAAACGAUCCGUGGGCUGAGAUCCGUGUUCGAUGAGGUUUACCCGGAUCCGGUACGUGUGAUCUCGUUCGGCGUACCGGUGGAACAGCUGGAAGCCGACCCGACCGGCGAAGCGGGCGUAAUCAAUUCGGUAGAAUUCUGCGGUGGCACUCAUCUACAUCAAUCGGGCCAUAUGGUGGAUUUCGUAAUCACAACUGAGGAAGCCAUCGCCAAGGGUAUUCGACGUAUUGUCGCCUUGACCGGACCGGAAGCACUGAAAGCAUUGAAUAAGACGGAACUCUUAGAGCAGGAGGUCAGCAAACUGAAAGCCACGAUCGAGGGCGAUAAGGACGGGAAGGAAGCGAAGGAGCACGUGAAGAAAAUCGUCGAGCUAACGGACGAUGUGUCGCAGGCGACUAUACCGUACGUAAAGAAGGACGAACUACGCACGGUACUGAAGGCGUUCAAGAAGACACUCGAUGAUAAGGAACGUGCUGCGAAGGCCGCUGUUGCUAGUGGCGUUGUCGAGAAAGCGAAGGAACUCUCGCAAGCUCAUCGGGAUGCUCCGUUCAUGGUACAGCGACUGGAAGCCCUCAACAACACGAAAGCGCUCGAUUCUGCCUUGAAAGAGGUGCGCAAGGUAAAUCCAGAACAGUCAGCACUAUUCGUGUCGGUGGACGAAGAGUCGAAAAAGAUCUUCUGUUUGGCAAGCGUGCCGAAAUCGGCCGUCGAGAAGGGACUGAAGGCGAACGAAUGGAUCUCGCACAUUGCACCGGUGAUGGGCGGAAAGGGUGGCGGAAAGCCCGAAUCCGCCCAAGCAUCUGGCGGUAAUUUCGAUAAAGCUGAUGAGAUAUUGGAGCUGGCACGCCUUUUCGCUGCUUCGAAGUUGGAGUAA